CACUCUGUUUAGGAAAGGAUCAAAGUCUUGAUGAAUGAUCCCAUAAAUUAAAGUUAACAAAGUCCAAGAAGGACCAAACUAAUCUCUUGAGUCUAGUUGGUUUAAGAGGAUCUCACUUUUUCUUGCAUAAUUUCAUAAAGAUACGUAUAUAUCUAAUGGGUUCUAGUACUACCACCAUUUUGGUUCUUGUUCUUCUUCUUCUUGGGUUGGUUCAGCUGGCAGUUUCAGGGCAUGACUAUAAACAAGCUUUGAGCAAAAGCAUUCUCUUCUUUGAAGCUCAAAGAUCAGGACACCUUCCUCCCAACCAGAGAGUUUCUUGGCGAUCUCAUUCUGGUCUUUACGACGGCAAAUCAAGCGGCGUUGAUCUAGUUGGCGGUUAUUACGACGCCGGAGACAAUGUGAAAUUCGGGCUUCCGAUGGCUUUCACGGUGACCACAAUGUGUUGGAGCAUCAUUGAAUACGGUGGCCAGCUACAAUCUAACGGCGAACUUGGCCAUGCCAUGGACGCUGUUAAGUGGGGAACUGAUUAUUUCAUUAAAGCCCACCCUGAACCUAACGUCCUCUAUGGAGAGGUGGGAGAUGGUAAGUCAGACCAUUAUUGUUGGCAAAGGCCAGAGGAAAUGACCACUGACCGUAGGGCUUACAAGAUUGACCGGAACAAUCCCGGUUCGGAUCUUGCCGGAGAGACCGCUGCCGCAAUGGCUGCCGCUUCCAUCGUUUUCCGCCGCUCUGAUCCAUCAUACUCAGCCGAGCUACUCCGUCACGCCCAUCAGCUAUUUGAAUUUGCGGACAAAUACAGAGGCAAGUACGAUAGCAGCAUUACCGUGGCACAAAAAUUCUACCGAUCAGUCAGCGGUUACAAUGAUGAGUUACUAUGGGCUGCUGCAUGGUUAUACCAAGCAACCAAUGACAAAUAUUAUCUAGAUUACCUCGGCAAGAACGGCGACUCGAUGGGCGGUACCAGCUGGUCGAUUUCAGAAUUUGGUUGGGACGUUAAGUAUGCUGGCGUUCAAACCCUUGUCGCUAAGGUUUUGAUGCAAGGUAAAGCCAAAGAACACAAGGCCGUGUUCGAGAGGUACCAAGAGAAAGCAGAACAGUACAUGUGUUCGUUGUUAGGUAAAAGCACCAAGAACAUAAAGAAAACUCCCGGCGGUUUGAUUUUCCGACAGAGCUGGAAUAAUAUGCAGUUUGUCACGAGUGCUUCUUUCUUAGCCGCCGUCUACUCUGACUAUCUCUCGUCUUCCAAAAGAGAUCUACGUUGUUCUCAAGGAAACGUUUCUCCAUCCAAACUCCUAGAUUUUUCUAAAUCACAGGUUGAUUACAUUCUUGGAGACAACCCUAGAGCGACGAGUUACAUGGUCGGAUACGGAAACAACUAUCCACGACAAGUCCAUCACCGUGGUUCAUCAAUUGUCUCCUUCAACGUCGAUCAAAAGUUCGUGACUUGUCGUGGUGGUUACGCCACUUGGUAUAGCCGAAAAGGAAACGAUCCUAAUGUUUUGACCGGUGCUCUUGUGGGUGGACCUGACGCAUACGAUAACUUCGCUGACCAACGGGACAACUACGAGCAAACCGAACCAGCAACGUAUAACAACGCACCUUUUCUUGGUGUACUAGCCCGGUUAAUUUCUGGUCCGACCGAUUUUAACCAGCAACUUCCCGGUGUUAGUCCGAGUCCAAGUCCGGUUAUCAUAAAACCAGCACCGGUACCGAAAAAGAAACCCACAACACCUCCUGCAGCUUCUUCUUCUAGUCCCAUUACCAUAUCACAAAAGAUGACAAGCUCAUGGAAGGACGAGGGAAAAGUUUACUAUAGAUACUCAACGAGAUUAACCAAUAGAUCUACUAAAACGUUGAAAAAUUUGAAGAUAUCAAUCACAAAACUCUAUGGUCCAAUUUGGGGUGUGACCAAAACAGGAAACUCGUAUGGUUUCCCCUCGUGGAUGGAAUCGUUACCGGCAGGAAAAAGCAUGGAGUUUGUCUAUAUACACUCAGCUUCUCCGGCAAAUGUCUUGGUUUCUAGCUAUUCUUUGGAGUGAUGUGUAGAAGUGUUUACGUAACGUGUGUGUAACCGGUUUACUUUCUUGUAAGCUUGUUCACCAUGCUUUUGGGAAUAUUCGGUUUAGUUAAUUA